AUGGUUGCGCAAAAGAACAACACGAUCGUCGAGGUAGACGAACAAACUCCCCUGUUAUCGCCUCACAGUGAUGGUGCUAAAGAUCAAACACCAGCUUCUAGCAUCACGUUGGUGGUCUUUCCGAUCCUCCUAGCGGGCAUCUUCUUGUCAAACGUCGUUUCAUCAGUGGUCAUCGCGACUAAUCAGCGCAUCGCGUCUGAGUUCAACGCCUUGUCUUCUGCGGCGUGGCUCUUGACCAUCUACACGCUGGCCCAGUCAGCGAGCCAACCCUUGUAUGGAAAGCUGAGCGAUAUUUACGGGAGAAAGGUUUGCCUGGUAUUUUGCUGGGUUGUCUUCGGAAUAGGCUGCCUCCUCGUCGCGGUUGGUCAGAGCUACUGGCAUCUACUUCUAGGACGUGCUAUCAGCGGAAUAGGAAGCGCUGGAAAGAUUGCAUUGACGUCAAUCAUUGUUGCUGAUGUGAUUCCGCUGCCUAAAGUCGCACAAUAUCGAGGCUAUGUGAACUUGACGGCCACAGUAGCCCGGUCUCUUGGAGGCCCAAUUGGAGGAUGGCUUGCAGGCAGCGUUGGCUGGCGUUGGCCGUUCCUUAUCCAACUUCCCGUGGCAUUAGCUGGGCUUGCUCUUGUGCUCUGGAAACUGCCCGAGCCGAAAGAAACCAUCCUUAUAGAUGAUGCAGAACCACAACCCACCGGGUCCAAGAUAUCCCGGGUUGACUUUGCAGGCGCGGCAAUGCUCGUUGCUACUGUUCUCACCGGUCUUUUGUCGUUGGACUUUUGCACCAAGCAUGGUCUAGGCUUCAUAGUCUACGGCCUGGUUGGCGCAUUCGUGCUGUCGCUAUCUCUUUUCUGUGUUAUCGAAAAGUACUACGCUAAGGAGCCAAUCUUGCCGCUGGAGCUCAUCUUCAAACGAGAGGUUCUGACAUCGUACUCGAUCGUAUGCUUCCAGGCGGCUGGCCAAUUUGGAUUGCUCUACACGAUUCCCAUUUACUUCCAGGUCAUCGGGCGGGAGUCCAUUGCGUCUAGCAGCAGUCGGAUUGUUCCAGUGGUUGUCGGUAAUGCUUUCGGGACAAUGACUAGCCAACGACUAAUCACCAAGACACAACGUUAUAAAGGGCUGACAGCUUUUGGAAAUAUUGUCGGCCUAGUCGGCUUCUCCCUGAUCUUUCUCCGCUGGAGAGGGAGUACACGGUGGUUUGACGCAUUGCUUGUCGCCCUACCCGGCACCGGGAUGGGUGUCAUACAAUCCACGACUUUCGUACAUCUCGCAGCAUCUCUAGACCGGUCUGAGAUAGCCAUUGCCGGAGCUUCGUGGUUUCUUGCGCAAAACAUCGGAGUUCUGAUGGGUGCGAGCAUAUCCACGGCCACGAUCAACUAUGCCCUCAGACAUGGACUUGAGACACUGCUACGCGGGGUUGAAAGUCGGGACGAGAUCAUUCGGAACAUAACAUCAAAUGUCGAGUAUACCCAGAACCUCCCAGAGCAUCUCUGGGUUUUGGUGUCGAAGGCGUAUAUCCGGGCGAUUGCCUGUUCAAAUGCAUUGGCUGUCACUCUCACCAUGCGGGAGAAGCCAUUGGGAGGCAGAAUCUCCACACCCUCAAUGAGACGCCUGGGGACUCUAUCGAAGGAGGAGCUUCUCAACAGGAUCGAAAUAUUGGAAAACCAAGCAUCUAGCCGAGCGACUUAUGACGGGGCGAGCCCGGCCUUGUCACAGCAGGAUGAUGAUUGGGAGCCAAGCUACGACUCAACUCAAGAACCUCCACAGGAGAGGACGAGACCAACACCACGAUUCUCUCCCGAAAUUUCUACGACAUUACCUACCACAAGAGGCUCUCAGCAGAGAAGUGUCGCCAUCAGUAAUGAGCAACAAGGGACGCAUCAGGAGACGAUAUGGAAGACAGAUCCGGAGAUUCGACGGCAGAUAUUGACGACAUAUCUGGAAAGCAUGCAUCGGCGCGUUCCGUUUUGCGACUACACCGAGAUCCUCCAGACAAAUGAACAAGGCCCCGGCGGUAUAGUAUUGACAGAUUCGGAUCGAAUCAAGCUGCUCCGACUUUACAUGUCCUGUGCCAUCGGAGCGGCAGUCAUGCAACUCACCGGCGUCUCACCCGGACCGCGGCCAGAAACCUACUUCACCAGGGCAUUAGAGCUACGAGAUGAGAUCGAGGAGGCAGACUUGGUCACACAGACUGAAGUUCUUCUCUGGAUUGUUCUCUACAAGCUCCGCGCUUGUUUCUCCUCUGAGGUCUGGUAUCUCAUCGGAUCAGCUGUCCGCACAGCUAUCGACGCCGAUCUGCAUCGAGAACAUCACUACACCACACUCUCUACUGUGGCUGCCGAGCGGCAUCGAUGUUUGUUCUGGGCUGUGUAUGUCAUAGAGAGAAACAUCUGCUGGUCUCUCAAGCGCCCCUUCAGUCUUUCAGAUCACGACAUAGAUGCAAAGCUACCCCCACCUACGACGCAUUCAAUACUCUCAGGCAGUGACGGCGUUGGCCGUCCAGAAUCGCAAGGCGAGUCGCAAAGACCUCUCGACACAAGAGUCUUUAUCUCCACAAUCCAGCUCGGCAGGAUCAACUCGAACGCUUUCACUCAGCUAUACCGAGUUGAUCGAGAAUCGAUAGACCGAGAGCAAAUACCUCCCCUCCUCGACCGUUUAUACCAGUUCGAGGCCUCUUUACCGGAGUACUGUGCACCCGAUUACGACUUUUUACAGCUGCAUGUAAAGAAAUCAGUCUGCGUACUUAUCGAACCGCUACUCUCCGCGUUGCAUCACUCAGACUAUCUGAUUAAAAUUUGUCUGGAGGCGGCAGGCAGCGUGUGUCAGCUCUUCAAGAAGCUUCGUCUGAAGCGGUGUCUAGGGUAUUCUUUUACCAUGAUCAACUCGGUCUUUGUAGCUGGGACUACAAUAUGUUACGUUGUAUCAAAAGUUCCCAGCCUAUGGACUCCAGCCAGAGCCAACGAUCUCCACGUGUGCUCAUCAUCACUAUACGCGGCAGCCGAGAGGAACCCAGCCAUUCGUAAAUACUGCGACACCCUAGAUGCUAUUAUAGAAGCAGUCUCGGAAUAUGUCGAACAAGUCUUGAGUACUCCCGGACCUUUCACUAGCACCGGGAGCGCCAUCAGUUCUCCCGCAGAGGAUAAGAGUCCCCGCAACGCCUUUGAGAGGCUUGGCCACUCUCUCAAAGAGCUCAAAUUUGAGUUUCCUUCUCAUGCUUACCCGGAAUAUCGCUUGGAGGAUGGGCACUCGGAAGCGGCGUGUUCACAUGCGGACCUCAACUUGGAUGCGAUCGGCAUCUUUGGGGAUGUUGACCUGUCUUCAAUCCAGCAUUUAUUUACGGCCAAUUGA